AUGCGACCCGGAGAGCUCAACCUUACCCUCUCGGGAGACAAGCUCCUCCUCGGCGGCUAUGGCAACUUCCUGCCCGCCGACCAGCUCGUGCUCGCCGCGCAGGUCGAGACGUUCCGCUACAUUCUCUGCGCCGUCUACGCCUGGCUCGCCUGGGAGCACAUCGUCACCUUCUUCGAGGAGAUCCAGCGGUGGAAGCAGCUCAUCCUCAAGCGCGAGGUCGUGCUCGUCAACAUCUGCGUGCUGCUUUCGCGCUACCUCUCCUGGACAAACGCCAUUGCAUCGGCCGUCUUCUUCUUCGCCAACCCGUUCAGCUGCCAGGCGACGUUCUCGUGGAUCUUCGCCACAUAUGCGCUCGUCUGGGGCACCACGGCCACCAUCUUCGUCGCACGUGUCAACAGCUUGUACCCGGCCCAGCGCAAGCUGCACAUGUUCGUGUGGGCGUGCUUCACGGUUGUGGCUCUGCUCUGGGCCGUGUCGGUCGGCUUCUUCUGGUCGGCCCGCCUGCCUGAGGCGUACCACCUGCCACGCAUGCCGCAGUGCACUGCCGCACCGUCGCCGACGGUCCACGUCAUGGGCUUUGCGGGCGCCACCUGCUUCGACGUCCUCAUCCUCGUCCUCACCGUGCACAGCGCGCGCAAGAACUUCCGCGGCCACAAGCGCUCCGGCAUCAUGAGCCCGCAGACCUGGGUGCUCGAGACGGCCGUCAUCUACGCCGCCGUCUGCCUGGCCUGCAACAUCGCACAGCUGGCCGUCUGGGUGAUGCAGAAGAAUGUCGUGCUGCGUGCCUACCCGAUUCCCUUCGCCAUCGUCGUCAACCCCGUCAUUGCCUCGCGCAUCGUCUUCCACGGCGCCACCUGGGGCAGCAAGACGGCGCUGCUCGAGUCGCGCCUCGUCAAGAUCACCGAGGACGAUGUGGCCAACUGGCAGCGCAACCCGGGCGUCCUCGGCGCCGCGCCAAGCACCACCGUCAAGCUGCCGUCCAAGCGCUUCAGUGCGAGCGUCAGCGGCCCGGCAGCCGGCGCCAUGGGCGGCCACAGCCGCUCGGGCAGCAUCAGUGGCGAGACGAUGUAUGAGAAAGGCGGCGCCUUCGACGAGCGCCUCGGCUUCAACACCCUGCUCGUCCGCUCCGGCAGCGUCACUCGCAAGGAGGACGCGCUCGAGGAGGUCACCACGCCGGCAGCGCAGCCGAACGGAGCCGCACCACCGUUCUCGGACCCCUUCAACACCGUCACGGCGCCUGAGCCCGUCGUCAUCCGGCGCAACACCGGCACAGCUCUGCACCUCUCUGGCGCGUCGCAAGCCAGCAGCUCGAGCCUCACAAGCACACCGCCGUCCAUCAGCGCACCGACGCUCAACUUUGACGAUGACGACGACGUCGGCCCGCGAGGCGAGCGCCGCGACAGCGCUCCGCGCGUGCGCCUGGCGCCGCUCGGCUGGGAGAUCCAGGGCUUGGAGAAUGCACCGCCGGCCGGCGACGACGACCUCGAGCAGGCCAUCGCUCGUCAGCCGCCUCAGUUCUCUGAUCGCGCCACACCGCGUGCACCAGCGCCGGGCCGCGCUUCCCGCGACCGUGCUCGUGCUGCCUCGGUGGCGAGCGAGCGCGGAGGCGUCAUGAUCUCGCAGCACGUCCAGACCCGCGUCGACUGA